UCCUUUUCGUGUGAACGAUUAAAUUUCAUGAAAACUGAUAAAAACGGGAAGUUGGAUAUUUUAGUAAUUCAUCUGUAAAAAAAUGGAGUUAUUCCGUCAAACAGUUAUAUUCUUACUUGGACUUAAUGUGCUGAUAGCUGCGCAAAAGGAACAAAAUCAGACAGGUGGUCUCCGUUGUUACGCAUGCGCAUCAACCGGCGGAAAUAACUAUUGCGAGGACUUCAAUACAUACAAGCAGGCAAUGGAUGGAAAGAACUAUGAGGAAGUGAAGAAAGAUUGUGUAUUUCCUUACAAUGUAACAUGCAUGAUAGAAAGAUAUGAACUUCUUGGUAACACCGUGUCCCAUAUACGAGAUUGCAGUGACGGGAUACAUUUCUCCUUCUCAGGCAACAAGACAAACAAAAGCACCUACACGCGGCUGGCAAGUCUCAAGUCAAACAACGAGACUGCCUGCGUCUGGGACGGUUUGGAUCUCGUCUGCUUAACCAAAUGUGAUACAAACUUUUGUAACGGCCCUGUACUUGAGGAAGUCAGUGACGCCGCAGUGAUCAAACUUUCCUCAGUGUUGAUGCUUUUGGCGUUAAUUGCGAACACAAUUUUUCAACGGUAGAAAAGUAGCAACAGUCUAAUAAACAUUGUAUUUUAUUUAAGGUAGUGGACCCGUAACAAUAUUCGCAGUUUCUGUGAGAUUACAUAUUCUCGUGACCUUCUUCUCUUCGGCUGUCACAUGGAUUUUUAUAUAAAUCUUAAAAUGAAAAAAUCGCAUAGGAAGAGUCCAUAACCAGACGGAAAUUAUACAUGGUCAUUACGGGUGCGUUACCUUAAGUUGCAAGUCACACCUUGUCGUGUAAAAUGUAACUAUCUCAAAGAAAGGCGCUUUCUUAAACUAUA